GCCGGUAGGCGCAGAAUCGCGCAAUAAUGAGAGAAGAGAUAGAAUUUGCCCCCAAAUCUCCAAUAUUUCUCUUUCUUUCCCCGUCUCUCGUAUCCUUGUCACACCAUCACUUUUUCCACCCCUACGACUACUCACCCGGUCGCUCCCUUGUCUGCUUCACGACCCUUCUGCGUCUGCCCGGUAAUAAGCAACAAGGAAGGAAGAAGGCUGGUCAGGCAAGGAGCGGAACGAAAAGGGGGCAUAAAAUGAUUUCAACAUGGCGUCGACCAGUUGUUCAUCGACAUUCCGGACUUUAAUUGUGACGGAUAGAGGACGAAUAUGACGGAUACGUUAGGACUUAAAUAUAAUUUUAAAAUAUGUUUUUUUUGUAAUGUGUGAAGUGGUGUUGUGGCAAGGGAUGAAGGGGGAUAACUAAGGAAAAGCAAAAAGGGUUGUUUGUGUGCGCGUGAGCUAUGCAGAAGGAACAUAAUCCCACAGUGGUCGAGCACCAGCAGUAUGUUGGGCCCUUUAGGCUCGAAAAAACCCUUGGCAAAGGGCAGACAGGGCUGGUGAAGCUAGGAGUCCAUUGUGUAAUGGGCAGAAAGGUAGCCAUUAAAAUCAUUAACAGGGAAAAGCUAAGCGAAUCUGUUUUAAUGAAGGUUGAAAGGGAAAUAGCCAUCAUGAAGCUGAUUGACCACCCCCAUGUUCUAGGACUAUCUGAUGUGUACGAGAACAAGAAGUACCUGUACUUAGUGCUGGAACAUGUGUCUGGAGGUGAACUCUUUGACUACUUGGUGAAGAAAGGCCGUCUUACCCCGAAAGAAGCACGACGUUUCUUCCGUCAGAUUAUAUCAGCUCUAGACUUCUGCCAUAGCCACUCAAUCUGUCACAGAGAUCUGAAGCCCGAGAAUCUGCUGCUUGAUGAGAAGAACAAUAUCAAGAUUGCAGAUUUUGGUAUGGCAUCACUACAACCAGCUGGCAGUAUGCUUGAAACCAGCUGUGGGUCACCUCACUAUGCCUGUCCAGAGGUCAUUAGGGGUGAGAAAUAUGAUGGUCGUAAGGCUGAUGUAUGGUCCUGUGGUGUGAUUCUGUAUGCGUUGUUGGUGGGAGCACUACCGUUUGAUGAUGACAACCUGAGACAAUUGCUGGAGAAGGUGAAGCGUGGUGUGUUCCAUAUACCACAUUUUGUCCCACCUGACUGCCAGAAUCUUCUAAGAGGGAUGAUAGAGGUCAACCCUGAUAAACGACUCACACUGGCAGACAUAAAUCGUCACCCCUGGGUGACUGCUGGUGGGAAGGGAGAGCUGGAAUUGGAACUUCCAAUGAUGGAAGUGGUGCAGACACACAUUAUUCCCUCCAUCGAUGCAAUGGAUCCAGAUGUGCUCCAGGCUAUCUCCAGCCUUGGGUGCUUCAAGGAUCGUGAAAAACUCAUUCAAGAAUUGCUAAGUCCAAACCAUAACACAGAGAAAGUUAUCUACUUCCUACUGCUGGAGAGAAAGCGCCGCCGCCCAGCAUUUGAGGAUGACACAGAGGCAAUUGUCCGUGUUCGGUCAGAGUCCAGUGAUCCACCUCGGAAAAGAAUUGACACAUGCAAAGUGAAUGGGACUGCCACAUAUCAGUUUGGACAGAUCAGUGAGGGCUCUCCACUUACACCACGCAGGCAACAGUUCAAUGGUGCUACAAGACAUCACAACCGACGGUCACCUGGAAGUGGAGGCAGUAGUGGUAGCCACCCUAGCAACUUACAGAACUCCUCUGCCACUUCAAGUCCUCUACACACCACUUUCAACAAUGCUGCUUCAGCUACACUUGCUGGUAUCCUAUCACCAGUGAGUCAGCGUGCAGCAUCACAUCAUCACCACCACCACCACCAUCGGCCAGCGCAUGGUUCCAGCAAUGCUCAUACAGCAUUGGCUCCACCUUCACCUCACCACCAACGAGCUAAUAGUAGUGGAGGAACUACCAUUGAUAGCAACGAUACUUCCACAGGUCUAAGUACAAGUAACAUUGCACCUUGUACACCCCCAGGCUCUCCCCACACUAGUACAACAGGACACCACUGGAGAUCACGACUGACAACAAUUAAGAACAGCUUCCUUGGCUCCCCACGCUUUCACAGGAGAAAACUACAAACUUCAUCAGAAGAAGUACACCUCACACCUGAGUCUUCACCUGAGCUGACCAAAAAGUCUUGGUUUGGUAGCCUCAUGACAACAGAGAAAGAUGAGACUUUCACAAUUUUAGUGAAAGGAAAGCCUCUAGCAACAGUAAAAGCAGACCUCAUUCACGCUUUCCUCUCGGUGGAUGUGUCAACCAUCACAAAGCAGGCUAGCGAAAGUCCCAAAGAAUACCUCUAUGCCAUCACAUUUACUCUGCUUUCAGGCAACAUUCGUCGGUUUCGGCGUGUAUGUGAACAUAUCCAGUCACAGGUGUGCAGUCGUCGGCCACCCCCUUCACCUCGGGCAACAAGGAAAUUUACUACAGAACUUAGUGAGAGCUCUAGCUGUGGGUCAGAUACUUCAGAGCGCCUUUCUCCAUACCCUGGUACUAGACAGGUGGAGUCUGACAUAGAAAGUGACACAUCAGUGUUCGAUGUGAAAUCUCCAACACGUGAGAAUGGGAACAGUGGGGGGCGUCGUCGUAGCUGUACCAGUGCCAAUAAUAAUAAUACCACUGCAGGAAGUUCAUCAACUGAGUGCAACAAUGCUGGAACACCUGCCACCACUACUAUUUCCUGUCCUACAUCUACAGAGACCAUGACUGCAAUGGGAGCUGCAUCCUCUCCUCCUAUCAUCAAGGCAGUCAGAUCUAACAGUGAGAGUAAAGGUACGCUUGAGAAAUGUGUGACAACGACUUCAGGGUCCAUGGCAUGAAACAGAUACCUCUACUUAAGACUUAAGUUUUUCAGCUUUGAAAUUCAAUGAUGCUCUCAUGCUGGGUCACAUCAUGGUUGCAUAAUAUUCCUACAUUCCAAAGCUCCUUCUGCUGCCUUUAUCAGGGCUGGUAUAAUAUAAAUUGGAUAUUCUGUGAUAUAAAAUAGGAAUGGAUUAGGACAGACUAAUGUCAGUGGGAAGGAGGCAGGGCAUAGUCAUGUUAGCAAUAUGUAUUCAGAAUAUUACUAAUUUGUGUAGUUGAACCGAGAGCAGAUUUCAAAGGCAUUUUCUGGCAGCACUAAUGCCAGAGUAAGAGAAUCUGGGGGCCUGGCACAUACAUUUUUCAGGCACUAAUCUCACUGUUGCUAAAUACACAGAUUUGCAGUGUAUUUAAAUAUUAAUUGGACAUGCAGGUGCUUGGGAUUGAAGUGAAAGGUGAACUUUAGAUGUCACCUAUUUUUUAUAAAAGAAUCUUGGGCAUUUGAGUUACUGUGCCAAUUUGCCUCAGUUCAUCCAUCCUUGGACAGGAGUAAUGAAAGUGUUACCAAUGAGAAUGGAGGUUCAGAAGAGAAUUACUAUAUUAAAGAAAUAAAAAACCAUAACAAUACCUGCUAAAGAAGAUGGGUUGACAGUGCUGUACUGAAAAUUUAGAUAGCCAGGAAGAACUCUGUUGAGUCCAUAUCAUAAUGCUAGUAUUUCUCACAUAUCUGUUGUUAUGAAUGCUGAUUCUAUGGAUAUAUCUCAAAGUUGUAGUUACAACUCAAGUGUAAUUAGAUUACCCAGUUAAUGGAUGGUAAUGAUUAAUCACUUGUACUAAACUAGGCUCUUAGUUGUCUGAGUAUGGUAUAUGUCUGGCCUAUUGGUGAUCUCAGUUUUGCCCAAGACAUGGCUUAUUGAAGGGGUAAUCAGAAUUAGCUUUCAUGCAAAUCACUUAAAAAGGGAUAGAUUUUAUAUUCAGGUGUAUUAUGGACUCCUACAGUAGCAUUGCUGCAAUGUCAAAAGAGCUCUGCAAGUCAGAUUAAGGAACAUCCAUUUUGGCCUAUAAUUUGAGGGUGUCAUCUUCAUUUAACAAAUACAGAUCGAACAAUGUUAGUCUUUGAGAGUAUUCACACUGUAUUCUUUCUUCUUUACUUUGGCUCUGCAUCCCUGAUAUCUCUCACCAUAUUAUCACCUGGAAAUUUGUCAUCUGUCCAGUUUAUCUUACAUCAACCUUUUGUACUGGAAGUGGAAGAAGCUUCCAAAAUUGUUAGAUUUAAUUAAACCAUGAUGUUCUGACCAACCCAAGAAAACUUAAUUGAAAUAUUUCUAUCAGCAGGCCAGUUGUAUGCUGUAGACAUAUUGUGUUAUGUAAUGAAAGAACAUUCAUGCAAGCUAUGUAAUGUGAUGUGGGAUUCUUAAAUACAUACAUACAUACAUACAUAUUAAUAUGCUCUCCAUUUGGUAUUGUAAUGGAAUAAGGCUGUCCAUAAAAUCAUUUUUUGAAGUUAAAGGAUAAAAUAUUAGUACUAAAUCGCUCAUGAUAUUUACUCCUACAUAGACAUACCAGAUAUUUACAUAAUUUCCCAGAUUUUCUUGAAAUAGUAUUUUGGAUGUGUGCAGUUGGUAUUCCCAGAUUUUUACACUUUAGAAAUUCAUUUUCAGAUCCCUUCACUAGAUAUAAUGAAGUUUUAUCCUUUGUGAGAAAAGAUUCCAUAUUCUCAGGACCAAAAUAUACACCUGGGUUUUAGAGGGGACAUUUUGAGAAACAAAAUUUGCAUGCAUUUGGUGUUUUUGGAGGAAUAUGGAACUGCAGGGUGCAGUAAUGAAUCGGGCGAUUAUGAAAAUACCAUAAGGAAGUAAAAAAUUAUUACUUCACUGAUUUAACAUACACUAAAUGAAAAUAAACCCCUUACAAUUAAAAAAUAACAUCACAAAUAUGACCUCCAUUUCAGUUCUUAUAUUCUGUCAGUCUUGUGCCUAGGUUACUCGUCACAUUGCACAGCAUGGCAACAGGAAUUCAAAUGGUCCACUGUACAGUAUGUAUGCAGCAUGUAGAAUGGGUGCAAAUGACUGCUCCUGAGACUGGUUUCAAAAAGUAUAACCUGACAAAACACUGAACUGCUCUGAAACAAUAUUGGCAGGAUUCGAUGUUUUGAAGAGUGCAACUAAAAGAACUGGUACAGUCCAUGUCAUAUGACAACUGGACAAUAGUACUGUAUUAUUUUGAAUCUGAAGAUGAUGAUGUAAAUUUGAAAUGCUUUGCUUAGAGGAAUAAUAAUAAUAAUAAUAAUAAUAAUAAUAAUAAUAACAACAACAACAACAACAACAACAACAAUCAUUCUUGAUAAUUCCCAAUCUCAUCACAAGUUUCCUUCACAAUGUCAGGUUAUAGAUGCUAAUGUUAAUCCCAGCUCACAUUAUGUGCCCUUGUAAACAGAGAUAUUUAUAAUUAGGUGAAAUAUCUCAGUCAGAAUGAACAGUUGUAUUGAAAACAUAACAUCAAAUAUACACUACUUGGUCUGUUUCUUAAAUGAAUGUAAGGUCUUUCAUAGCAUGUUUAUAUACUAUAUAAUGAAGACUGAUUUUGUGACUUAAAUUAAAUUUUGAAAUAUCUUUCAAAAACACUGUAAAUGGAACAAUUCUUGCAUAUAUUUGUGUGUAUUUAAAUGGCCAUGAAAGACAGAAAAUUAAUUACGUUUUUGAUGUACUUUAUGCUUCACAUCUUAAUAGGAGAUAUGUCAAAUGGAGUUCUAUUAUUUUCCAGUCUAUAAUAUGCCAGUUCUGUAUCAGUAAUUUUAAAAUGAAUAAAACAGUACUAAAUGGCUGAAAGCAUGGACAAAUGCAUUCAUGUUGUAUGUUGAAAUAUAUGAAUACCAGUUUUCCAUAAGAAUGUGUGUAGUAAGGAGAGGUGUGUACCAUAUGAAAGCUUUUCUUGAUAUGGAAAUUUAUGUUAAUAAUCUGUAGUAAUUUGGGAGAAUGUUAUUGUUCUUGUUGUUGUUAUUGCUAGUUUGGUGCGUGCAGUAAGAUUUACUUAUUGGAGGAGGACAGUUGAACAAAUCUGUAGAUGCCUGUGUCGGCAUAAGAUAUAUGAGAUGACAAUGAGACCAUAGGGUAAACUGAUUGUCCAGAUGUCUGAUAUCCACGUUGCCAACUUUGCAUUAGAGUUCCUGAUUUCCCAUUUCAAAAUCUCUGUAACUGAAAAUAUUUGACUGCCCAGGCUAAAUAAAAAGGUUGCCUGAUUUAAAACAAAAUUAUUCUGCUCAAGGAUAUGCUGACAGUCAUUUAGAGUUUCAGAUCUUUUCAGAACUUAUGCAUCUUUUCCCCUCAAACACAUUUUUACCUACUUUUUUACUUAUUUCAAAAUUGCAGACAUAUUAAGGAGAAUAAGAUAGAAUAUUACAUAUUUUAGUUUGAGCCUAGUGUUUUUAAGAAAAACAAGAUUGUGGUUGAGAAAAAUUUUUUGGUAAUAAAUAGGCUAACCCUGUAGAGACAUGUAUAAAAGCACAUAUUGUUAAAAAUCAUUGAAUUGUGGAAUGUUAUUUACAUAAAAAAUGUGUUUACAAAUUCAGAACUCAUAUCCAGGCAUCUGUGGGUUGAUGUCUGCCUUCAAAGGCAAGGUUUUUCGUUCAAGUAAAGUGAGAUUUUCUAAAUAUAUUGUUACGCAUAUGCGUGACUAUAGACAGGUUAUAUGGACUGGUGAAUAGAUUUAUUGACCACUUGUAAGACAUAACUACAAAUACCUAUAAUGCUAUUGUUGAUUUCCACGCUUUUCAAUUCACUAUAUGCUAAGUCUUCUCCAGCCUGCAGUGUCUUCACUCAUUGUUGCCUGGUAACAGCUCUCAACCUUGGAGAUUCUUCAGUUUCUGUGAUCAUGUCAUUACUGUCUGGUGAAUAUCCCACAACUGAACUGUCAACUUAAUUAUAGCACCAUCUUUUCUCUGCUUCCCGUGCAGAAUUCAGCCCACUCAAUGCUCCAACUGUCCAAAUUCUCAUCAUAGACCACAUAGAAAACACCUUCUUCUAUUACAGCCUGAAUAUUCAUUGCCAGACGAAUGUGUUUACUGAGCUGUUGCCCAGAAAUAGCUGUUGUGUAUUUGCCUGUCUCAUGCUUGUUGCAUAGCAACAGCUGUACAUGCUACAGUAUUGAAGAUGGAAGUUAUGUACACA